CCCGGCUCCCCGGUGGGUGUCCCUGAGCCCUGGCACAGGGACACGUGUGCCCAGGCCGUGACCCUGAUGCCGCCUGUUGCUUUCCAGCUGUCCCUGCGGACGGACGGACGGACGGGCAGCGGGAGGCUCUGCCAGGGACCCCCGGUUUGCCGCCUGCGGGAUCCGGCCCCAUGGGCCCCCCGUGGGCUCCUCCUGGGCAUCCUGGGGCUGCUGGCUCUGGGGGCAGGGGGGGGACCGGGACCGCAGCCCGAGGACGCGGCGCAGGAGCACGGCUACUACCUGCAGCAGCUCUUCGGGCAGUACGGGGCCAACGGGACGCUGCCCUUCGAGGGGCUGGCGCGGCUGCUGGGCAGCCUGGGGCUGGGACGGGUGCAGGUGGUGCAGAUCCAGCACGAGGAGCUGGGCCACGGCCACGUCAGCCACCUCGACCUGCUGGAGGUGCAGGAGGAGAAGCACCGGCACCGGCACCCCCGUCUGGGAACACGGCGGACACGCGGCACCCAGCGCCCCCGCCACCCACCCGUACCCCCAGCCCCCGGCCCUCCCAGACAAAAAGCUGGACGAAGCCGGUGCCCGUCGAGCCCCCCGGUGCCGGGGCCACCCCUGGGAACCGUGGGGCCCCCCCACCCCCCCGGCGGGACCAGCCUGGCGAGCCUGCUGGGGAGGAUGCUGGGCUUGGAGCACUCCAGUAUCGACCACCCCCACGAUGAUUGCCUCAAUGUCACCCAGCUGCUGGUGAAUUUUGGGCUGGACUCGGUGUCCCAGCUGACGCCGGAGCAGUUCACCCUCCUUUGCCCAGCCCUGCUCUACCAGAUCGACAGCCGCGUCUGCAUCCAGCACAGCGAUGAGGUGACACUGCCUCCCCCGGGUGCCCGUCUCACCCACCUCGCAGCACUGGGCUGGGGGCUCCUGGCCGUCACCUUCAUCAGCCUGCCCUCCGCCCUGGCCGUCCUCCUCGUCCCGCUGCUGAGCCGCAGCUUCUUCCACUCGCUGCUGGCCUUCCUGGUGGCACUGGCCGUGGGGACGCUCUGCGGGGACGCCCUGCUCCACCUCUGGCCCCACGCGCAGGGGAAGCACCAGGAGACGCCGGCGGAGCCGGGGGCCGCGGUGCUGCAGGGGCUGGCGGUGCUGGGGGGCAUCUACCUGCUCUUCCUGGUGGAGCUGCUCCUGGGGAUGCUACGGCGGAGCCGGGACGCCACAGGACACUCCCCUGGAGAGACCCCUGGCGUGGCCACAGGGGUCCUGGCAUCGUCACGAGGCGGGGCUGAGCUGCGACACCUGACGGCACCGGAGCCGGAGCUGGAGCUCAAGCCCCACGGACACUCCCACGGACACUCCCACGGCCCCACGCUGCCCCCCAGCCCCAGGGCCACUGAUGUUGUCUGGAUGGUGGUGCUGGGGGACGGGAUCCACAACCUGACAGACGGGCUGGCCAUCGGUGCUGCCUUCUCCCACAGCCUCUCCAGCGGCCUCAGCACGGCGCUGGCCGUGCUCUGCCACGAGCUGCCCCAUGAGCUGGGCGACCUGGCGGUGCUGCUGCGGGCCGGCACGGCCCCCCGCACCAUCCUGCUCCUCAACCUGCUCUCGGCCCUGCUCUCCUGCCUGGGGGCGGCGGCGGGGGCGGCCGUGGGGCAGAGCGCGUCCCACCUCACCCCCUGGAUCCUCACCGCCACCGCCGGCAUCUUCCUCUACGUGGCUCUGGCUGACAUGCUCCCCGAGGCGCUGCGGGGUGCCGAGGGCCCCGGCGAGGGCACCUGGGGCCGCUUGCUCCUGCAGAACGCGGGGUUCCUGCUGGGCAGCGGCAUCAUGCUGGGCAUCGCCCUGGCCGAGGGACACGUCCGCGCCUGGCUGCAGCCCUGA